CAAAAAUAUCCAGAUAUUCAUCCCGAGCAGCUGCAAACAUUGGCAUCACGAGAUGGCUUCUCAUAGGAUGUUGCCUGCAACGCUGCAUCUUAUCCUAUUCGUAAUGUCAGUUGUUACGUCUGUCAUGGCUGUACAAACAAGUGAUAGAACUGAAACAAUGCAAAACCCCACUGGAACUGAAAUUAUGACCGUCACAGAAGUUAUCACAGCUCAAUAUACUACCACUGAAGCCCCAUCUACAACACAGAACUCAACCACAGCUCAAUAUACUACCACUGAAGCCCCAUCUACAACACAGAACUCAACCACAGCUCAAUAUACUACCACUAAAGCCCCAUCUACAACACAGAACUCAACCAUGGGCGCUACCACAGCUAUCGAAGUUUCAACCACUGGCAAUAUUACAGACAUGGCACGCGAAUCAGCGACUCAAUUUGUUACCACUAUGGUCACCAGUGCGUCCCCGACCUCAGAUGAGACCGACACAAUUUUCACCAUGGUAGUAACACGAGCCUUGGAUGCAGGAGAUACAAAGGGUACUACAAUGGAUUCAGCUGAGGAUACUUCAACGAUAACCCUAGAUGUUGCCACCGCCGGCCAAGAUGAGGUCGUCGUAACUACAAUGGAUUCAGCUGAGGAUACUUCAACGAUAACCCUAGAUGUUGCCACCGCCGGCCAAGAUGAGGUCGUCGUAACUACAAUGGAUUCAGCUGAGGAUACUUCAACGAUAACCCUAGAUGUUGCCACCGCCGGCCAAGAUGAGGUCGUCGUAACUACAAUGGAUUCAGCUGAGGAUACUUCAACGAUAACCCUAGAUGUUGCCACCGCCGGCCAAGAUGAGGUCGUCGUAACUACUCUGGUAUUCGCAACGACUUUGGUUGAAGUAAAAAAUGCUGGAACUACUUUGUUGCCGGAUAUUACUACCAUGCAAACUACUGGUGCCAUGACAACAUCCCAAAUGACGACAUCCCCCAUGACGACAUCCCCCAUGACGACUUCCCCCAAGACGACAUCCCUCAAGACGACUUUAUCUGGAGAUAGCGACAUGACACAGGGAACCACCGGCGAUGGUACCUAUGAUGAAUAUCACACAACUGAGAAUUCAACUGCUUUAGUUCGAGGUUAG